GUCAGGUUACGGUAAUCGUUACGUCAGAGGGAACAGCAAAAGAACAAAAUGGAGGAGUAUGCCAGAGAGCCAUGCCCCUGGAGGAUUGUGGAUGACUGUGGGGGGGCCUUUACAAUGGGAGCUAUUGGAGGAGGAAUAUUCCAGGCAGUUAAAGGCUUCAGAAAUGCACCCGCAGUAAGUUCUGGUAUGAGCCACAGAAUGAGAGGGAGCAUGACAGCCAUCAAGACUAGAGCCCCACAGCUUGGAGGUAGCUUUGCAGUAUGGGGAGGCCUCUUCUCCAUGAUCGACUGCGGUUUAGUCAAAGUUCGAGGGAAGGAGGAUCCCUGGAACUCAAUUACAAGUGGGGCCAUGACAGGAGCGAUCCUUGCUGCAAGAAAUGGACCUGUAGCCAUGGUGGGCUCUGCAGCAAUGGGAGGUAUCCUCCUGGCUUUGAUAGAGGGCGCUGGAAUCCUGCUCACUAGAUUUGCUUCGUCACAGUUUCCAACCGGGCCCCAGUUUGCAGAGGAACCAGCCCCUGCUCCCAUGCCCGCCCCUUCCUUUGGAGACUACAGACAAUACCAGUGAGAGGACCUUCCACUUCUCGUCCAAUAGGCCUUUUUUGAAUUCCUUGCUGAAGUUACAAAGAAGAAAUGGAGAUACAAAAAUAAUACACACCACACCAACAACAGCAGCUGCACCCGAUUUCAUGGACCAUGUCAAAGAAGUGAAGGACAGUACAUACAUCUUCAUUUUGCUUCUUUUUCAGAGCCAUGUACAGACCUGCCUUUUGCCAUUCUCAGCCUUGUCAUGCGCAUAAUUUUCACGUAGUAUCGGUCAAAUGCAAACACGUGGUGAGAUUUGUUGUUAAUCUGUUGGUUUGUGGGGAAAAUGAUAUGUUUUUUAGGACUCUGCAUAGUGUAGGAUCUAACAAAUGCAAAUGUCACACAUGGAACAUAAUAACUUAUACGUACAGUUGAUAUGAUAAUACUUAUGUGUAUAUACAGUAAAAACCCUCUGUUUAUUUUCACUUAUGUUAGUCUUUAUUUGCCUUAAAUAUGCCAUCUGCUUGGGCUGGCCACUGACAUCUGGCCUUUUUUAUUUGACUUUAUUCACACUUACAGAGGCAAACCUCUAUCAGACAAAGCUGUUCCUUGAAUAUUAGUUUUUUUAAAGUGAUUUAUUUAUUUUAGAUUCUAAAGAGUUGUACUGGCUUGUUAUUUUAUGUGACAGUGCUUUUACACUCAACACUAUCAUGUGGAAAAGACUGCUGAUGACAGAGGAUGGCAUAGGCAGCACAGCUGAACGGACAAACUUAAGCAAGGGGUUGAUACAUGCUACAUUUAAAUCUGUAUGACAGAUUGUACUUUAGUACAAUAAAAUAUUUGUUGUAAUGUA